UAAAAUAAAGUUGGUAUAAGUGUGACUCUUCAUUCUCAUUACGCUCUUCUCCUAAAUCCCCAAACUCAUAAAGCAAAAACUGAUAACAACGGUCGGAGCUUGUCGCCGGCGAGAGAAAAAAUGGCGAUUUUGUUUCAAAGUUCAAGUAGCUCCAUGUUAUCUAUCAAAGUUUUUCUGAUUUCGACUACUGUUUUAUCUGCUGCUAUUAUGUUAAAGGUGUCUGCUCCUGUUGUUACUGAAUUCGCGGUCAGUGAAGUUCCGUCGAUCUGGAACGGUGUCGUUUCGUGGCUUAAACCUCCGUAUCUAUACCUUGUUAUCAACUGCAUUAUCAUUACGAUUGUAGCCUCUUCUAAGUUGCAGAACAAGCUUGAUGAGAACUCAUCUCCGGUGCCGGCGGUUGUUUCGCCGGAGAACUCGUCCCAGUUUCACCCGAUUAAGGAUGUAAGGCCGGUUACAGACUAUUAUACACCGGUCCUUCAUGACUUAAACGGCUCCGUGCUGAAGAAUCAAGCAGUGGAGGCGGAGGCUAGACCGAUAGUUUACGAGUAUCCUACUGCUGGUGUUUAUGAUGCAAAGGUCGAGAAACUUCCAGUAGUUAAUCCGUACAUAUCGGAGAAAGGUACAUCGUUCAACACCUAUCCGGAGCCUAACGAUGUUGUUGCUGAAAAGGAUGAUUUCGUAAUCUCGAAAUCUUCUUGGGCGCCGGUGAUGAGACAGGACUCUAUUGAUUAUUCCAUUUCAGGCAACUCGGCUGAGAAACCUCCUGCUUCUGCCAGAUUCGCUCACCGGAGAAAUGUCAAAUCCACUCCUGAAGGUGGAAAGGGAGCAUUGAGAGUAUCAAAACCUAAACGGCAAGACACGCUGGAGAGUACAUGGAAGACGAUAACGGAGGGCCGUGCAAUGCCACUAACGAGGCACCUGAGGAAAUCGGACACGUGGGAGACAUACGGUGGUCGGAACCCGGUUACACCACCACCGCAGAAGAUGAAGAAAUCUGAGACGUUCAAUGACAGAACUACCCCUGACUCCUCGCCAUUGCUGACUCCGUCCCCGGGUGGUUCAGGGAAACUUAAGAAAGAGCCAUCGCUAAGUCAAGACGAGCUGAACAGGCGAGUUGAAGCGUUUAUUAAGAAGUUUAAUGAAGAUAUGAGGUUGCAGAGGCAGCAGUCGAUGCAACAGUACACUCAGAUGAUCAAUCGAGGCUCACAUUAGGAGUUUUUUUCAUAUAAACAGAGAAGCUCUCUCUUUUUUCAUGUUUUAUGGCUUAUAGUGAAUGCAUAUUGUUAUUUAUUCAUAUUUCUUUUAUCGAGAAAUUCUCCCAAAAAAAACUAAAAAACUACAGGAAGCUGUAAUCCAGUUAGAACAUAGACUAUAUUAUCGGAAAGUUUGAGUUGUAAUGUUUUAUUUUUCUUUCAUGUGGAUAUUAUAUGGCCUUAACAUGUGAUCGAACAGUGUUGUGUUCUC